AUGUCUCUCGUCCACAACAUGUUGUUGGGUCGUCACAGCAACAUCUUCGAUGCACUCCGUGGCUUUCCCUCGGAUGACUCCGGCGCAGACGACAUCCACAUGGACUGGAAGGAGACCCCGGAGGCGCAUGUCUUCAAGGCCGACCUCCCGGGGGUCAGAAAGGGGGACGUGAAGGUGGAGGUGGAGAACGGCAGGGUCCUCUCCAUAAGCGGCGAGCGAAGCGGGGAUCCGAUCGAUGACAAGGAGAAGUGCGAGUGGCACUGCUCGGAGAGGAGCCGCGGCAGGUUCUACAGGCGGUUCCGGCUGCCGGAGGAUGCGAAGGCCGAUGAGAUGAAGGCCUCCAUCGAGAACGGGGUGCUCACCUUGAUAGUGCCCAAGCGGCAGAUGAAGAAGCCCGAGGUAAGGUCCGUUGAGAUCACAGGCGGAGCAGCGAGCAAGAAGAGGGGCAAAGAGAAGGACGUCGUUUGCUGCAGCUUUUGGCCUCUCUGAUUUGGGUGCAACUGUUGCCUUGGAAGCUCUCGUUCAGCAGUAGUUUUUGCCAAGUACUUCGAGUGACUUUUGUGGUGUCAUUUGCACGUAAAUAUUGGUUUGUGCAUGGUGAGAAUGUACAAAAGUGCUUUUGGAAUUACAAAUCUUAACGUGUUCUACGUA